AAAUAAAUCAGCAGCCAUGCCUAUACAAAGCUACGCGAAAGCAUAAUCUUAUUGUAGAGCUUAUUUUGAACACGCCAGUCGUAUAGAUUUUAGCUAUCUUGCUAAUGACUGCAAUAACCAGUUUACAUUAAUACAGACUCUGUGAGGAAGACUGAGAAAGCCUUGAUCACAAAAGACGUUUCUGGCCUUCAAGAUGGCUCUAGAACAGCUCUGUGAUGUGGUCCAGAGAUGUCAAGCAAUCAAGGAUGAAGGCUUCUCACCGGAAGACUAUGAUUUAUUCUUCACUGCAGGAAGAACCUGUUUAGAGCAAGGCAACAGUGCUCAGGUUCUCAGCAUCCUAGUUGAUGAGAAGAACAAGAACAUAGUGAGAUGCAUGGGCUGGAAUCUGCUGGGGCCACUAGUACAGAUCCUCUUGAAGAAGGAAGACAAAAACCUUCCCCACUGCCAUGCCAUCCUGUCACAUCUGCUGGAGAUUUGCAGUCCUAAAGAGCUGCUGGUGGGUUUAUUGGAGCAGGUGGAAGAGGCUGAUACUGGCUCCAUCGCUGAGACAGUUACUCUUCUCCUCAAGCCAUUACAAACAGUGCUGCUGCGGCUGGGCAUGAAGAAGGCCUCGUCUGUGGGCAUGGCUCUCUCCACACUUCUUAGCCAGGUGGCCAGAUUGCCGGUGCCUGUCACCAAAGAGCAGGAGGAGGAUGAUGUUUUUGGUCUGUGUCACUGCUGCACUGCUCUUCUACAAUUUGUCAAGCCCUUUGUUGAGGAGGUCAAGGAGGGUGUCAAGGAUAACAACAGAAUAUCCAAGGACAACGAGCUCAGAGUGGAACUACUCAAGUUCUGUAUGAAGAGUUUAAGUAAGCCUCUACUGGAGGUGCAGUUGAAAGAUCCAGACACACUUCUGAAAUCCCCUCUGAGAGACUUUGCUACAGAGAUACUGAUCAUUUUGUCAAGUAUUGGGGAGUCACUCCCUGAUUUGUUAAGUCGUAAUGUACUGAAGAGAACGGAGGUCCCAGGUUUUCUUGAAGAGGAGGUAAGAUACCCAAAGGAGUCACUGGCCUGCUUGUCCCACCUACUUUUUGUGGAUCAUAUAGCUGUGGACAUCUUUCCAGCUGUUCUCAGUCCGAUUUUUGUUCUGCAAUGCAACAUGGAAUAUAUUGAGCUGCUGUUAAGCAGAACUGAAGAAUCCCAUCUGCUGAAAGGACUGGUAUUGUAUGAAAAAAGUCUCAUCAGAGUGGAAGAUAACAGUCUACCAGUAGAUCUUUUGGAGCUGAAGACAUUUUUCAGUGUUCCACAGAAUUUGGUUAAAGUUAUGACGCUGUGUCCAGACCAGACUUUGAGAACUAAAGGCCUGAAAGUGUUUCAGCUGAGUAUUGACAAAUUCAACACAGAGGCCAAAUACAAGUUUUUCAAGGGCAUGUUGAAAACAAGUCACCAUGCAGGGGUGGAGGGAUAUAUAAUCAAGAACAUUAAGAACCAGAUUGACUUUUCACUCAAGCCAUGUAAUGGUAAUGAUUGGUUCCUGGGUAAACAUCUGCUGCCACUGCUGCGGCUAGUGCUGUGCCUUCCACAUGGACCAGAAACAGACCUGCUGCAGAACUUAGACAGGAUCAUGGAAUCACUGAACCUCCUGAGAUACAUGCUCAUCCGAGAUAAAGAAUGGGAGAAUGAGACAGGAAUCUGGACAGAGCUUUAUAAGAUUGAGGACAACUAUCUGAAGCCACUGAGGACCGGUCUGAACAUGUCCAAAGCACAUUAUGAGGCAGAACUGAAGAGCGCAAAAGAAAAUAAGAAGAUCAGUUCAAAAGACUCUAAAGCAUCAGUCUGCACAGUAACUGUUGACAAUGAGAAGCUGCCCAACAUGACACCAGAAAUGCAGAUUCAGGUUCUGCAGUCAGCCGUCUUCACAUUUGAUCUGAUAGAGAGUGUCUUGACAAGAAUUGAGGAGAUAAUCGAGACUAAAGAAAGACCCCUGUCAUGAUGUGAGAGACUGUAUGACCCCCUUCAACAUCUUUCCUUUUGGUUUCUCUCGGUCCGCUCGGGCUCCAGUUGCGCAUCACUAUACAGAAACAUAUUAGUGUAGUAUAUAGACAGUAAGAAAACACGAAAAUCAUAUUUGUAACUUUUUUUGGAUAGAUUUUCAACUAUGAUUGUGCAAAUUUGUUUGUACAUGUCAAGAUACUAAUGUAGAAAAGUUAUGUUAGGUUGCCUAAAUACGUUUAUGACAGUACAAUAUGUUGUUGAAUUAUUUUCAGGCUUGAAAUGUUCAGCUUUGUGUAUGUCAGUCACAGAAAUCAAACACUGUGAACUAUGCAAAAGUAUCGGACAGAUUAAGAUUGAAGCAGAAAAUGACCUAGAGCUUUAAGAUGCUGUUUGUAUGUGCAUUUUUGCAUCUUUCUUGUCUGUGAAAUCACUGCUCUUUUGUGAGGGAAAUAUUUAGCAAUGUUGUGCUCUUCUGAUUUUGCUUUGAGUAAAUACCAUUGUUUUCCA